AUGGAUUCAAAAGUUUAUGAUGAAGAAUAAAAUGAUGAAACAGUACAGCUUUCUGACUAAAAACCAAAGUUGACAUUUGUGAAACUUUUGCUCUUAGAGUUAUUAAUGAUAUCUCCUGUUAUUUGGGUUUUGUUGUUCUUGUGGGUAUUGAAAAUGCCCUUGGGGUGUUAAUUAGCAUUUUAAAUUAUAACCUUAUUAGCAAUACCGUUAAUUAGUUUAUAAAUUUAGAAGAAGCAUUUUUCAAAACUAAUAAAAACCGAUUUGUACAUUAGUGAAAUUGGUUACGGUUUAUUAUUUUUAAUUGGUUCCUUUUUGGCAACUGUAAUCUUUGGGUAUGUUGUGUUUCAAUACUAUGAUAUUUUGGAUUAUGAAGCAAUUAAAACACUAAAAGGAAACUAAUUGUCUUUAAUUUUAGCGUUGAUAUUAUUAUCUAUUACCAAUCCAUUUUUGGAGGAAUUUUUCUGGAGGGUUUAUUUGCCAGAUUAAUAUACUACACAUGAAGAAAUAAAAUAUAAUGAAUAGCUAAAGUGGUAUUUGGCUUUGCAUUAUGCCUUGUAUCAUUUUUUUGUUAUUUAUUUUCUUACCAAAUUAAUGAUCAUUUCCUUAAUUGGAUUCAUAAUGAUAGCAAUAGGAGGAAGAAUCUUUUUCAUUACUAGGGACAAAUUUGGAUUGUUAACAACUUCGUUAUUUCAUAUGGGAGUUGAUUUGGGAGUUGUUGCAAUGGCAAUUUAUAAGAUACCCUUAAAUGGAGAAUGA